UCCGCGCGGAAGAGGCGCGGUUAGAAUAGUAUAAAUAAGAUGGCAAUUGACGGGGGACAAACAUCUUCUUCACGUCAGCUGGAAUGUUUAAAAUCCGGGGGAAAAACAGCGUUUCGUCACGGUACCGGUCCACACCCCACGGAGGUGUCCUUUGCCCCUGCUCCGGCCGGCUUUAGGCCGUGUAGUGUAGCCGCCACCAGCUAGCGAGCUAACAAGCUAACCAAUAACAAAGUAUGGCAGUGGAGCGAAAUAAAGUGGCGCUGGGCUUCAUGGUCGCAGGUGUCCUCGCUGUCUUCUUCGGGACCGUCAUGGUGGUCGUGGGUCCACUCAUCAUCGACGACCAGAUAGUCAAGAACACGGUGAUCGACCCCAAGAACAAAAUGACCUACACCAUGUGGAAGGACGUCCCUGUCCCCUUCUACAUGUCCGUGUACUUCUUCAACAUCCUGAACCCCAAAGAGGUCCUGAAUGGCGAGAAGCCGAUGGUGGAGCAGCGAGGACCCUACGUGUACAGGAAGCGCAUUCAGAAGGAGAACGUCACGUUCCACGCCAACAACACGGUGUCUUACCGCGAAUACCGGAGCUACUACUUCGAACCCGACAUGUCGUCUGGGAACGAGUCCGACGUGGUCACCAUCCCCAACAUGCUGGUCCUGGGGGCGGCGGUCAUGAUGGAGAACCUUCCCUUUGCCGUGCGCCUGAUGAUCAGCGCCACCUUCAAGACUUUCAAGGAGGGACCCUUCCUCACCAAGACCGUGGGCGAGCUCAUGUGGGGCUACGACAGCGGCCUCGUAGACUUCCUCAACAAAUACCUGCCGGGAAUGCUGCCCAGCUCCGGUAAAUUUGGACUCUUUGCCGAGUUCAACAACUCCGACACGGGCCUGUUCACCAUCUUCACGGGUCAGGACAACAUCAGGAACGUGCACAGGGUGGACUCCUGGAACGGCCUGACUGAGUUGGACUACUGGAGGACGCCGCAGUGCAACAUGAUCAACGGCACCGCGGGUCAGAUGUGGCCCCCCUUCCUUACUAAGACGAGCACGCUUCCUUUUUACAGCCCGGACGCCUGCAGGUCCAUGGAACUGGUCUACCAGCGGCCUGGCAGCAUUAAGGGCAUCCCCUUGUACCGCUUCGUGGCCCCCAAGACGCUCUUCGCCAACAGCAGUGACUACGCUCCCAAUGAGGGAUUCUGUCCCUGUCGCCAGUCUGGCCUGCUCAACGUCAGCAGCUGCCGCCACAAGUCUCCCGUCUUCAUCUCUCAUCCUCACUUCUUCAACGCUGAUCCGGUUCUGCUGGACUACGUUCAAGGACUCCACCCUAAUGAGGACGAGCAUGGACUCUUUAUAGACAUUCACCCUCAAACCGGCGUUCCGCUCAACGUGUCCAUCCGCCUGCAGCUCAACCUCUACAUGAAGAGAGUGUCAGCGAUUACAGAGACUGGGAAGAUCGCUGAGACCGUGAUGCCAAUGAUUUGGUUUGAGGAGAGCGGCUUCAUCGACGGGCCCAUCCUUGACACCUUUCACACCAACCUGGUGGUCCUGCCCGCCGUCAUGGAAGUCAUGCAGUACAGCUUCAUCGCCCUCGGACUCGCCACCAUCAUCAUUGCCGCCUUGGUGCGCCACAGACUCAAGAAGAACAGGGUUUUGGAGAUGAGUGCCAGCACCAAAGUGCUGCAGGAGUCUGAGGCGUCCUAUAAAGAGCCCGCUUGCAACCGGGGCAUUCCGGAGAAAUACACGGCGGGUAAUUCAGGUGGGUGUCUGCACACACACACCAUAUACACAUGAGUCUAAAGUCUGCCUUGUUGGACGUUAUUAUACGAGCAUAUGUGGUCGUGAUGGUUCCGAUCGUGUUGCCGUGCGUUCUGACUGACCCAGACGUAUGCAGGCGCUGUUUUUAAUUAGCCGCCGGCCAGCACGCACUUCCUGUGCUGAUGUGGUGGAAAUGAAAAGAAGAGGAAAUUAAAAUGUCGGAUGAAGAUACAAUGUUUGGAAUGUUCCACGUCACUCUUCACUAUUACAUUUGCCGUGUUAUUAUUCCUGCCCCUCAAUCAUUAAAGGAGCCAUAUGUAAUAAAUUAUUGUCAAGUCAUUGUUAAAUGAAAUCAUCUUAUUUUCCAAUACCUCUAUAACUGAUAACAGUAGUUCAGCCGGGAUAUACUCAUUUAAAAAUGUUAUUUACAGCCCCGAAAUCUUAUUGUUUUAAUUUCGACGCCCCACCCUUUACCGUUUGACUCAUUAGAAAGUCCGUGAGUGUGUCACAUCCAGGUUGCCAGUUACGCACCGCCAUCUUCGUCUGGCUACUGCCACUGGUAAAGUUACUAAACAUGUCAGACCUUAGUCAAUCUGAAGGGCUUCGUUACCAUUCUCAACUUAUUCAUGACAAAGCCAGGAACAAAACCAGGAUUUGUAAGCCUUUGAAAGAUGGAGACGAUUGAAUGCGGAGAAGAGUUUUUCAUCUAACGC